CGGAGCGGAAGAUAUGUUGCACCGCGUCGACCAAACCAUUUUCUAGCGAUGCGAAACAUCAACAUCCAGCCACACGUUGCGGUAAAUACCCUUCAAUACUAACCCGUUUAUACAAGUGUACGUUUGAUUUAAAAGUAUUUCCGUUAUAUUGUCUCUCUUAAAGUUUUUAGAGACAGACAAACUGCAUCUGUUUAUAAAACAUUUUUUGUGUUAACUGUCGGACUUAGCCAGACAUUUUGACGAAAUCCUACGGAAUGUUCUGAACAUGAAAAAACUUACACUUAACAGCUGAAAGCGAAGUAUAGCUCUUGUGUUGCCUGGCGUGGUUGAGUAACGUAACAGACUGCACGUCGAGUAGCCCCUGACGGAGCAGACAUGGCCAACAGCAACAGUGUAGACAUGGAUCCAGAUGUUGCUCUGAGGCUGUUUGAAGAGGGAGCUACCCUGGUGUUGCUGGGUGUUCCUCAAGGUACGGAGCUGGGGAUCGACUGCAAGAGUUGGCAGGUCGGUCCCCGUUUUAAGGGUGUGAAGAUGAUCCCCCCAGGCCUGCACUUCCUCCACUACAGCUCUGUUAACUCGCCCAGCUGUGGAGGAGAAAUUGGUCCAAAGACAGGCCUCUUCCUCACUCUCAAACCCAAAGACAUUCUGUUGGCCAACUGGGAUCCCAAAGAGGAAGAUCUGGAUUUCUCAGCCUCCCUAAACGAAGAGGAGGUGAGCCAGAUCAGGGCGACCUUGCAAGACCUGGAUCCUCACCUGGGGCCCUAUCCGUACGAGGUGAUGAGGAAAUGGGUGUCCCUCACUGACCGUCUGAGUGAGGAGCUGGUCAAUAACUUGCAGCCUCUUUCAGGUCGAAUAUGUGCCUUUAGUGACGUCAUCCCCGAGCUUCAGCUCAGACACACCAAAGACCGGGCAGAGCAGCCGAGGAAUGACACAGCCUGUCAGAGCAUGAAAGAGGGACUCAACAGGCUCCCCAGGAUGAAGCAGAGGGAGGGGACGGAGUUGCGCUUCUCUCUUAUCCCAGAGAAGAAAUACCCUGCUGGGGCUACACCGGCCGAGAUCACCCAGUGCAGCCUGGAUCUGAGCUACGCCCUAGAGACUGUGCUGGAGAAGAACCAUGAGCUGCAGCCUCUCAACCUGCUAGGUGAGCUGCAGUUUGCCUUUGUGUGUUUCCUGAUUGGAAAUGUGUACGAGGGCUUUGAGCACUGGAAGAGUCUCCUGGCUCUCCUGUGCCGAUCAGAGGAGGCAAUGCGAAAGCGUAAGGAGCUGUAUCUGGGGCUCAUCGCCGUGCUUUACCACCAGCUCGGAGAAAUCCCACCUGACUUCUUUGUCGACAUUGUGUCUCAGAGCAACUUCCUCACCUCCACACUGCAGGACUUUUUCCAGUUUUCCAGUGGGCCCGGUAUAGACGGCACACUGCGAAAGAGAGCAGAGAAGUUCAAAGCUCACCUGACUAAGAAGUUUCGCUGGGACUUUGAUGCAGACUUGGACGACUGCGCCCCUGUGGUGGUGGAGCUGCCGGACGGUGUUACAGUGGACUGAGACUGUGUGUAAUAUGGGUUCAGUGUACAUGCUGGAACCCUAAGCAGGGGACGGGACUGAAAUAAUCUGACGCUGAAGGAGAGCAGUGAAGCCUGGUAUUUAACACCAGAUCCAAAGCUUCUUAGGAGGCUUGAGGAAACUUAAACAACAACCUCAAUAAAGUUUCAGUCAUACCGGUAGUUCUCUAACAGUGUGUGUUGAGAGUGUUAAUGUAGGCUGUACACUCACUUCUCAUAUAUGGGCACAUUUUGCACCCUGUUAUGAAGAAAACAAAAUCAUUAAGUCACCCAAAGUGUUCAAUCAUGGCAGAGCCGCAUUUUACUGAA